CGGACAUUUCGUAAAUAUUUUUGUAUCAAUUAUCAUCUUGUUUGUUUAUACUCUCGGUUAGAACCAUGUUCCGCAACGUGUACCAGUCUGGAAUUCUGACAGUUUUUAAUAGCGCCAGCACCCAGCCAUUGCAGCUGUGGAGCAGCACGGUGGCAAAAAACUACGAGAGCAGCAGCAUAGAGAUUAGAGACGACGACAGCGACAUUACAGGACCCGUGUUACUUUUGCAGAGCGCCGAUCUGCAAAGCACAUUUAUCAGUUGUCCUCGGCGAGAAUCAGACACGCUGGGCCUAAAGUUACCAUUUAUGUCGAUAUCUUUGAAAAAUAUCGACCACCUGUUCAGCUUUGAAAUUGAGACGGCUGACAAUAGGGGGAUAGUCCGGCGAUUUCGAGUGGGCAACUAUGAGACCAAGGCACAUAUUGGCCAUGAUGUCAGUCGGCUGCCGUUGCGGCUGGAGCAGGGGUGGAAUUAUUUGACAUUUGAUAUCAAUGACAUGACAGCCAGGAUAUAUGGCACGAAGCAUAUGGAGACAAGGCGUGUCACUUUUAAUUCUAGCGUGUGCUUAAGGCUGGUUUUGUUCGCUGAUCGCAUCGUGUCUGAGGACCAGCUUCCAGCAGAGUUGAAGCUGUAUGGCAGGUUUGAAGAAUGUCAUUGA